GUAAAACUUGUCAAUACCAAUGUGUAAGGACAUCUCUCUACUAUGUACUGGUUGAAAAAAAGAUAACCUCCGUCACCGGCAUGAAUCGAAGUCCCACAAUUGCUUCUAGCUGAUAUCUAUUACUGUGUAGGAUAUAAUAUACCGCUAGUAUUCAUACAGUUAAGCAUGGAUGAGCAACGUGUGCUUGUGCUGAUAGCAGGAUUCUUGCAGGACAAAGGGUUCAAGAAGGCUCUGGUUGCUUUUACCAAGGAAGCGAAGACAUCUACACAUGCGGAUAAAGAUGAACUUGUCAACCUACUCAAGAGUACUGUGGAGGAAUCUUCUGCUGACAACAAGAGCAGCAGUGACUCUAGUGACAGUGGUAGUGACAGUGACAGUGACGGUGACAGCGAUGAUAAAAAAGUAAAGGAAGGCGCGCAGGCUAUGAAAGCUGAGAAACCUGAUUCCGAUGCUUCAGGUUCGGAUUCGGAUUCCGAUUCGGAUUCCGAUUCAGACGAUAAGGAGAAGAAAGAUGACAAAAAGAAGGAAGUAAUGGUCUCAAAAGUAGAUGCUAAAGCUAAAGCAUCUGAUAGCAAGAGUGAUAGUGAUAGUGAUAGCGGCAGUGGGUCAAGCUCGGAUUCGGAUUCGGAUUCGGAUGAGAAAGAGGAGGAAAAGGUAGACGACAAGAAGGUAGAGAAGAAGGAGUCAAGCUCAGAGAGUUCAGAUUCAGAUUCUGGAUCAGACUCAGACUCGGGCUCGAGCGAUUCUGAUUCAAGCGAUGCUGAGGAUGAUAAGAAGACGAAGGAAACAAAGCCGGCGAAAACCGAGAAGAAGGCUACUAAAGAAAGCGAGAGCUCAAGUGAUAGCGACAGUGACAGUGACAGCGGUAGUGACAGUGAUAGUGAUAGUGAUGAGGAGAAAAAGCUUAAGCCCGCGAAGCGAAAGGCCGACGAUUCUUCCGAUAAUACAAGCGCACCCGCGGCAAAGAAAGCGAAGUCAGACGAGUCCUCAUCCUCAUCUGCUGAGUCGAGUGAAUCAAGUGCCUCAAGCUCAGCCAGUUCGAAAGAGACCUCGCCUGCACCGGCCCCUGCGCCUGCUGCUGCACCCAAAACUAAGAAGGAGAAGCCCCAGAGAAACAAUGUCCCGUUCUCGCGUAUAGAUCAAUCCAAGAUUGCUGUCCAUGACGACCGGUUGUGGAACAAUGCGUACUCGUCGGAGCAUGCUGGUAGCUGGGGAGCCAAAGCCAGCGAAGAUCUGCUUAAAGUCCGAGGAAAAGGCUUCACACGAGAGAAGAACAAGAAGAAACGGGGCGCGUACAGGGGUGGCGAAAUCGAUAUGAACGUGUCACACUCCAUUAAGUUUGAUUAGUGAUAUCUUAAUAAACCCAAAUAUUAGCUUG